CUAAUUACUUACAUAAAGGUAGCGUUUGCUAUUCGGUCUCUUUCGUCAUCGUAUUUUCAUUAAAUACGAUUGGAUUGGAAAAUAUACAAUAGAAUAGGAAAAAUAUUUAUUCGUUACACAGUGAACAGUGAAGCAAAAUAUUCGUAUUAUUGAGCCAGUAUAGUAUUAUUCAAUAAUACCACGAGCAAACAGUACAAUUCACCUCAACUCAAAGUUAGAAAUUAAGGCUUACUAGAAUAACCAAUUAGAGUUGAGAAGAAAUUACUAAAUCAAACUGGAUAUUUGAUGAACUUAUCAUGGUGAAAUCACUCUUUACAACAGCAUUAAAUAAUAUUCCUUCGAGAGGAUCCUUAAUCGUGGAAUGGGCCAGACUCGAAUCUAUGAGGGACUCAAUGAAUAGUGACGUUUUAAAAAUACUAAUUGACAAAAAAGAAGUGGACAUCAAUGCAGCUGAUCAAUAUGGUGAUAAUGCACUAAUAUAUACUGUACGUGAUAAUGCAAUAAAUUGUGCGAAGUUAUUGCUUGAUCAUGGUGCUAAUGUAAAUGCUGUUAACAACAAUGGUAAGACUGCACUGAUGUAUGCAGCAUCAGUAAAUGAUUCAGUUGAAUGUGUCAAUCUACUCAUUGCACAUGGUGCUAAUAUCGAUGCUAAGGAUAAUGACGGGACGACAGCUUUAAUUCUAGCGAAACCUGAAUGUAUGUGCAUCUUGGUUGACAAGGGAGCAAAUGUGAACACAGCAAAUAAAACAGGACUCACUGCACUCAUGCGGGCUACAAGAUUCAGCAAUACAGCACCCAUGGAAGCGUUAUUAGACCAUGGUGCUGACGUGAACGCUUGUAUCAAUCCUGGAAUGAACACCUUAUAUUACCCUGUAUGCCAAGAAAAUUCUGAUUCAGUACUGUUGCUUAGCCAUGGAAUGAACGCUCUCUUCUUCGCUGUAUGUCAUGACAAACCAGACUUAGUACGUUUGCUUAUCAAGAAAGGUGCCGAUGUCAAUACUUCUGGUCCGUAUAAAGAAACGGUGUUGAUGCGUUCUGUAUGUAGUCUAGAUCCAGCUUGUCUCGUACUGUUGUUAGCAAAUGGUGCAGAUAUCAAUAGGGUUAACCACGAAGGGAAAAAUGCUAUGUCAAUUGCAUUUGAAUAUAGUAUAUAUUUUGGAAUAGAAACAUACAGAGCCAUCUGCAUCCUUGCUUUGUAUGGAGCCCCAUUUGAUGCUAAACAGUUACUUUCUUUUAAGAAGCUCACGUGCAAGAGCAGAUAUUCAAAACUAGGGGUGAUGUUAGAAGACUUCAAACUACUGGACCUUCAGCAACAAGUGAGACUCCGUAUGUAUCAACACACCACACGCGUCUGCCGGGACACAUACUCUGAAACAAUUGAUGCUCUCAUUAAAGGAGGUAAACUCCCAGAGAGAUUUAGGUCGUUUAUGCUGUUUGAAGAUGACAUUAAAGAUAUAUCAAUUUUGAGUAGAGUAUGUUGAGAUAGCCGAUGAGACAUUUCAGGGGUAGGAACCACGCCCCGCCAUAAACCAUCAUACCAGGAGCAAAGCUCUGAUGAUAACACAUUCAUUUGUUUUUUACAAGUACAUUAAUUAUGUUCUUUAAUUUGUUAUACUUUAUUCAUGGUUAUAUGUUAACUUUAUGAGACAUUCACACAUAUUAGGCAAAAUAUAUAUAAUUCCAGCCAUUCAGAACAUACAUGUUGUAUUUAAAAUGAUAUACGGGCAAAUUUACGAUAAUUGAUAUUUUUUGAAAUCCAUGAAUUCUGCUAUUCUACCACAUCCUGCGCCAAGUGUAUUGAUAUAAACGACAUUAUAUGUGUGCUAUCGUGAUGUCAACACAACUGUUUACCAUGACCAUACGAAACAUAUUUAACAUAUUGCAUAUUAUUUCUUAAAAACAGCUUUAAUGGUGAUUUUUUGACAAAUAUUAAAUUUUGCUAUGGAAAUUUGGACAACAUAACAAAAAUAUGCAUCAAAUCAAUGUUUUUCUCUUAAACCAAUUAUUGAAAACAUUCUGUAAAAAACACGGUCCUUUAUGUAAUGUUGACUGAUUGACAACAAUUUAAUGCGA